AUGGAAUCUACAGGACUCUCUCUCCCCAAACACUUCGUUAUCCUUCUCCUCCUUCAGAGGGUAACACCAAGUUCAGAACAGUUUACAGUGUCUGGCUUACAGGGGAUAAUCUUGGCUCAAUUGGGUGAAGUAGUUGAGCUCAGCUGUCAGCUGUCCCCGCCACAAAACGCAGAACACAUGGAGAUACGCUGGUUCCGGAACCGCUACACACAACCUGUUCACCUAUACAAGAAUGGUAAAGACCUGUAUGGAGAAACUAUCUCCAGGUAUGUAGAGCGGACGGAGCUCCUGAAAGGAGAUAUCAGAGAGGGUAAAGUGACCCUCAGGAUCCUCAACGUCACUGUUGAUGACGAUGGGCAGUACCACUGCUUCUUCAGAGACGGUGAUUUCUAUGAAGAAGCCAUUGAAGAAGUGAAGGUUACAGCUACAAGCUUGCAAGUACAGAUCCUUGUGCAUCCUCCUAAUAUCAGAGGUCUUUUGGUGGAGUGUACCUCAGGAGGUUGGUUCCCAGAGCCUCAAAUGGAAUGGAGAGACAGCAGAGGAGGGGUCAUUCCAGCUGUAUCAAAAUCCCACUCACAGGAUGUGAACAAAUUGUUCAACAUGAAGAUAGCCCUUCUAUUUACACAGAGCUCUCGGGAGAAUAUCACUUGCUACCUUCGAAACCCUAUGACUGGUCAAGAGGAAAGGACAAGCAUCGCCCUGUCAGCUAAAUUGUUUCCAUGGAACACUUUAUGGAUACUGAUUCUGACCAUGAUUCUGGGUUUGCUGCUGCUUUUUAUCAUGGUGCCCAGUGUCGAUUUACAUUACAGGUUGCAAGAACAAACAGAAAGAGUCAGAUGCUGUUCACAGGCUCCUUUAUCUUCCAGAGUCAGUACCAGAGACUCUCGGCCUGUUACCCGAUGCACAGAUUGCAGCUGCAAAAUGAGAGAUCCAAUAACAGUGGGCACAGGAAUAGUACUGCUUUCGCUAACUGUAGUCAUCUCACUCAUUUCCUAUUUGUAUCACAAAAGCAGAGUUCCUCCUUCAGAUCCACAUUUCCAAUUGGAUACUAUAUGGCUGGAAGAUAUAACCGUGAUCCUGUGUGUUCUCACUGUCUUCAUCACCACGAUCAUUUCCUUUAUUUACUUUAGAUUCAGAGGCAUCCUACAACAUUAAGGGAUUAAAAAAGCAUCAAACGACUUAUCUGGAACUAUGGAUGAAGAAAAAGCGGUGGAACAAUAUGCUAAAAGUUCAGAAGCAAAUAACAGUGGCCCUACAAUUUUAUACAUAACCAAGU